AUGAGGGAGCAAGUCCCGGUCAAGGACGAUGCGACCGUAUUGGCGGCCCUCGGUCACAAAGAGGAGCUGAGUCGUCAAUUCACGCUCUUUUCUAUGGCCGCUAAUGCGAUCAUUACUGCAAGUGCAUGGACUGCGAUCAUCGGAACAUUCAUUACCUCGAUCUAUAAUGGCGGUGCGGCAGGGUUGAUCUACGCCUGGAUCGUGGAUAACUUCUUCUUCCUCUUCAUCGCGUUGUCCAUGGCUGAGUUGACCUCGGCUAUGCCAACUGCUGCGGGGGUUUACCACUGGUCGGCAGCAUUGGCUGGUCCAAAAUACUCGCGACCGGUUGGAUUUCUGACGGGGUACUUUAAUAUGCUUGGAUGGACCCUCGGACUGGCUUCUUUAUAUUCGGUCGCGGGUCUCCAAGUGACGGGGUUGUAUCAGCUCUACCACCCGGAGUAUGUCAGUCAGCCGUGGCAUGUGUUCGUGGUAUUUGUCGUUCUCAACUGGUCCUUUGCGGCAUUCAUUCAAUUUGGCAACAAGAUCUUGCCAUAUUAUACUAAAUUUGGAUUAUUCGUUAAUGUCGGCGCCUGGUUCACCAUCAUUGUAUGCCUUGCAGUUCUUCCAAAAUCGCAUUCAACAAGUUCCUUCGUGUGGACCGAUUAUACAAACUCUACGGGCUGGCCAACGGGGGUGAGCUUCAUUCUGGGAUUGGUUGCGCCAGCUUUCUCAAUCGGUACGAUUGACAGCUCAACACACAUGGCAGAAGAAGUACCGAAUCCAUCAAAAAAUAUUGCGAAGACGGUGAUGAUUCAAUGGUUCGGUUCUUUCGCAAUGGGAUUCUGUCUCUUGAUCGCCCUCUUCUAUGCAGCCGGCGACCUGGAUACCAUCAUGACUGCUUCCGAAGAUAAUUUCCCCGUCGCAGGUAUCAUGCAAAUCGCAUUCGGUGACACAAGAUCUGCUUUCGCGUGCGGUCUUGUGAUCUUCAUCGCUGCUAUUCCUGGCUGCAUCGGAGCCCAAAUUGCGACCGUGCGAUGCGUGUGGGCAUUCGCCCGCGAUGGUGCCCUGCCAUUCUCUGAUUUCUUCUCCAAGAUUGACGAGCAGAAUGUGAUGCCAGCAAGAGCUAACAUUUUGAUCACAUUGAUCAGCACUGCGCUGGGAGCUCUUUACGUUGCCUCGACAGUGGCUUUCAAUGCCCUCGUUGCUUCAUACGCCGUCAUGUCCUCAACCUCCUAUGGUAUCGCUAUCGCCGUCCACUUCUUUACCGGGCGCAAGAGAGCUGUACCGGGCUGGUUUUACCUUGGUGAUGGAAUAGUGGGCUACGCCGUGAAUGCGAUCGCGCUCGUCUACAUCUUCGUCUCGAACGUCUUUUUCUGCUUGCCAUAUGACCGUCCACCAGUCACAGCAGCGACCAUGAACUACACGUCGCUUGUGUCCUAUGGCAUGGCGAUCCUGGUCAUUGUUUGGUGGUUCAUUGGAGGCAGCAGAAUCUACAAAGGGCCGAAACUGUCCUCGGAGACAUAUGAAGUUUUAGAAAGGCUGGCAGACUCUGGAACAACGGUUGAGAAUGUGCAAGUGCAAUCAACAGGGAAGGCUGAAGCUUGA